UUUCCCGCGUUCUCUUCAAAACCCUUAGGGUAGCACCCCUUCUUCUCCAUCAGUAAAUCACACACCAACUUCAGACCAAUCAGAGAUCGAGAAAGACAGAGAUGGCGGACAAGGAGCCAGUGAGCGGAAGGCGAAGGCCCAGGGGACCGGAGUCCACCGCCCGCAGCGAAGCGUUGGAGCGUCUCAAGGCUCGUCUCCGCGGUGGUCGUGGAUCCGAUGGCACUGGGCCCCAAAUCAGGUUAGAAAACCCUGUCUACGACACUGUCCCCGAGGACGAGUACAAUGCCCUCGUCGCAAAGCGCCGUGAACAGGCGCGCUCCUUUAUAGUCGACGACGAAGGAAUCGGAUACGGCGACGAGGGCGAGGAAGAGGAUUGGUCUCAGGCCGGAUUCACUCUCUCCUCUGAUGAAUCCGAAGGCGAAUCGGAAAGGCCGAAGCGGAAGAAGGUCGAGAAGAAGGAUCCUCAGCCGAAACGGCCUUCUUCAUCGCUCUCCGCCGCUGCGGCCAUGAUGGGAGGGCAGAAGUUGGCCUCCAUGUUCACUUCCUCCGUUUUCAAGAAGAGUAGAGACGAUAAAGUCUGCGAGAGCAUUGUUGACGAUGUUAUCGCGGAGUUCGCUGCGGACGAGACUGAUAGACUGAGGCGUAGAAGGGCGCAAGGGAAUUCCUCUUCCAUUUCUGACGCAAACAAUGUUUUGCGUGUUAAUACUGGGUUUAGGGAUAAGCCUUCUGUUGGUAUGAUGCAAGAUUCUUCUUCAUUGCCGGAACAUGGUAACCCUGAGUCUGUUAAGGUAUUUGUUGAGAGUGAUGGUUUUGACUCGGGGUUUGAGCCAAAGAGCGCGGUGGUUAGUGAAGUCCAAGAUUUCGGGCGUGGUAGUUCUGAGAAUGGGCAGACACCUACAGUGGUAGCCGAUGAUUCUCAAGUUAAUGAAUGUAUGGUUGAGGCGAAAGAAGUGAAGAGUUUUGAAAUUGCAGUGAAAGCGGAUGCAAAGAAGGAGGUGUUCACUUUGAACGCGAAGGUUAAAGAAGAGGACGACACUGCAUUGUCUGCUACUGCCGGUUGGAAGGAAACAAUACGCGGUGCUGGUGGGGUUGAUGUUGCUGAUUCGAAGGAUCCUUUAGAGUUUGAUCUGGAGGAAGAUGGAUCACUGCCUUUCUACAUCUUAGAUGCUUAUGAGGAGUUUUAUGGGGAAAACAGGGGCACCAUUUAUCUCUUCGGGAAGGUUAAGACUGGGGAUUUGUAUCAGAGUUGUUGUGUUAUUGUCAAGAGCAUGCAGAGGUGUGUCUAUGCAAUUCCUAGCCGACCCUUGCUUCGCACUGAAGAGAUGAUGAGUCUCGAUAGAGAUCUCCAGGAGUCUCGAAUUUCUUCUGCGGAUUUCUUUAAAAAGUUGCAAGAUGCAGUAGCUGAUGUUAAGAAUGAGAUAGCACAACAUCUGGUGAAUUUGGAUGUUUCGAACUUUAGCAUGGCACCUGUUAAGAGGAAAUAUGCAUUUGAUCGAUUUGAAGUUCCUACAGGGGAAAAUUAUGUGGUGAAAAUAAAUUAUUCAUUCAAGGACCCUGUACUUCCAGCAGAUCUCAAAGGCGAAAGUUUCUGUGCUCUCUUAGGAACUAGUUGCAGUGCCCUUGAGCUUUUCCUGAUUAAACGGAAGAUAAAGGGGCCUUCAUGGCUACAGGUUUCAAAGUUUGCUACAAGCUCAUCUUCCCGAAGGGUUAGCUGGUGCAAAUUUGAAGUAACUGUUGACUCUCCUAAGCACAUAAAGACAUCAGCUCCUUCAAAAAUCACUUAUAAUAUUCCUCCAGUGGUUGUUGUAGCAAUAAACUUGAAAACCACCAUAAAUGAAAAGCAGAACAUAAAUGAGAUUGUAUCAGCAUCCGUUGUCUGUUGUAACAUGGUUAAGAUUGAUGCCCCUAUGAUGGCUUCAGAGUGGAGGAGACCCGGAAGGCUGACCCAUUUUACUGUUGUUCGUAAACUUGAUGGGAGUAUAUUUCCAAUGGGAUUUAACAAGGAGGUUACGGACAGAAACUUAAAAGCUGGUUCAAAUAUUCUGUGUGCUGAAAGCAGUGAAAGAGCUUUGUUGAACCGCUUGAUGUUAGAAUUGCACAAGUUGGAUUGCGAUGUUCUGGUUGGACAUAAUAUAUCUGGAUUUGACCUGGAUGUUCUUUUCCACAGAUUCCAGGCGUGCAAAGUGGCAAGCAGCAUGUGGUCUAAACUAGGCCGCCUCAACCGAUCGACUAUGCCAAAACUUGGAAGAAGAAGUAAGGUUUUUGGUUCUGGAGCAGAUCCUGGUAUAAUGUCAUGCAUUGCUGGCAGGCUUCUUUGUGAUACAUACUUGUGUUCCCGUGACCUAUUAAAGGAGGUUAGUUACUCUUUAAGUCACCUUGCAAAAUCACACCUGAACAAGUUUCGGAAGGAAGUUGCUCCACAUGAAGUUCCAAAAAUGUUCCAGUCAGCAGAAUCGCUAAUGGAGCUUAUUGAAUACGGUGAAACAGAUGCAUGGUUGUCUAUGGAACUGAUGUUUUAUUUAAGUAUUCUUCCACUCACCCGUCAGCUGACUAAUAUAAGUGGUAAUCUGUGGGGGAAAACCCUUCAGGGUGCUCGAGCACAGAGGGUUGAAUAUCUUUUGCUGCAUACUUUCCAUGCAGUGAAAUAUAUGGUGCCAGACAAGUUCUCAAACUAUUCCAAAGAAACGAAAUUGACGAAACGUAGAGUAACCCACGAUGCUGAAGAUAGCAACUACGAUGUAGAUGUUGACGAUGUAAACUAUGACAAUGAUGCUUCUGAAGCUGAUAAUAAGAAAAGCAAAAAGGGUCCUUCUUAUGCCGGUGGACUGGUUUUGGAGCCAAAGAAGGGUCUAUAUGACAAAUAUAUACUGCUUCUGGAUUUCAACAGUCUUUAUCCUUCUAUUAUUCAGGAAUACAAUAUUUGCUUUACAACUGUUGAAAGAUCUUUGGAUGGAUCUUUUCCACGUCUACCAUCUAGUAAAACAACUGGAGUCUUGCCAGAGGUGCUGAAAAAUCUGGUAGAUAGGAGGAAAAGGGUAAAGUCGUUGAUAAAGAAUGAAAAAAAGAAGAAUGAAAAAGCUAAUCCUAUAAGGGUUCAGCAACUGGAUAUUCAGCAGCAAGCACUUAAGCUUACUGCUAACAGUAUGUAUGGGUGCCUGGGAUUUUCCAAUUCAAGAUUUUAUGCUAAGCCGUUGGCUGAGCUUAUUACUUUACAAGGGAGGGAAAUACUGCAGAGUACUGUUGAUUUAGUUCAGAAUGCCUUGAAUUUAGAGGUGAUCUAUGGCGACACUGAUUCAAUAAUGAUUUACAGUGGGCUGGAUGAUAUUGAGGAAGCUAAUAAAAUUGCUGUAAAAGUUAUUCAAGAGGUCAAUAAGAAAUAUAAAUGUUUGGAAAUUGAUCUUGAUGGUUUAUAUAAAAGAAUGCUGCUUCUCAAGAAAAAGAAGUAUGCAGCUGUAAAGUUGCUGUUUAAAGAUGGCACCCCAUAUGAGGUGAUUGAACGUAAAGGUCUUGACAUUGUUCGUCGUGACUGGAGCUUAUUAGCUAAAGAAUUAGGAGAUUUUUGCUUGACUCAAAUUUUGUCUGGAGGGUCAUGUGAAGAUGUAGUGGAGUCAAUCCACAACUCGCUCAUGAAGGUACAAGAAGAAAUGAGGAACGGACAAGUACCAUUAGAGAAAUAUGUCAUUACGAAGACAUUGACUAAACCCCCGGAAGCUUAUCCUGAUGCCAAGAACCAGCCACAUGUUCUUGUGGCACAAAGAUUGAAGCAACAAGGUUACUCUUCUGGCUGUUCUGUUGGUGAUACGAUUCCGUAUAUAAUUUGUUAUGAACAGGGUGGCAGCUCAGGCAGUGCUGGUGGCAUUGCUCAACGUGCUAGACAUCCUGAAGAACUUAAACGGGAACAAGGGACAUGGCUGAUUGACAUUGAUUACUAUUUAUCACAACAGAUCCAUCCCGUAGUAUCACGCCUUUGUGCAUCGAUUCAGGGAACAAGCCCAGAAAGACUGGCUGAUUGCUUAGGGCUUGACUCCUCAAAGUUUCAUCAUAAAUCAAGUGAAGCUUUUAAUGAUGAUUCUAGCAGUUUACUCUUGUCUGCUGCUAAUGAUGAGGAGAGGUAUAGGGGAUGUGAGCCGUUGCUCUUGUCAUGCCCCAGCUGCUCUGGUACAUUCGACUGCCCACCCGUCUCUAAAUCUAUUUGCUGCUUGUUGGGAAGUGGAAUGACAACCAGCGUAUCCACCGAAGAAUCUGAUUUCAAUUUCUGGCGAAAGAUGUGUUGUCCUAAAUGCCCCGAAGAUGUCAAAAUUUCUCCAGCGAUGAUAGCGAAUCAGGUCAAAAGGCAAGCAGACAUGUUUGUUUUGAUGUACUAUAAAGGUUUACUAACGUGUGAUGAUGAAACGUGUAAGCAUACAACGCGAAGUAUCAGCCUUCGGUUGGUUGGUGAUUCCGAGAGAGGAACUGUUUGUCCAAAUUAUCCUCGCUGCAAUGGUCGUCUGCUUAGAAAGUACACUGAAGCAGACUUGUACAAGCAGCUCUCGUAUUUUUGCCACGUGUUUGACACUGUUUCUUGUAUAGAAAAGAUGGAGGCCAAAUCUAGAAUGACUAUAGAGAAAGAGGUGAUAAAAAUUAGGCCGAUGGUUGAUCCCGCAGCUUCAACAGCGCAGAAGAUCAGGGACCGAUGUGCCUUUGGUUGGGUGAGACUGGAGAAUCUGGUCGUAACAGUUUAAUCUGCAGUUUUGGUGGCAAAGUGGUUUUUUAGCAGAGUGAUGAUGAAUUAUAAAUAGAUUAUCAAGCGUGAUUGAGCAAAUCAUGCUGGCAGAACUGAGCUCUUAUCAAUUCUAUACUAAUAUUUACUUAAUUGUGUAGCUGUA